AUGGCUACCGUUAUGCCCUGGAUAGACGCCAGUCGAGGAACUAGGAGUGAAGAUGUUUGCUCUUCAGCAACUUCAAUGACUACCGACUCCCGGAGCCUUGUGGGUGGUGCUCGCGACCGAUUGUGUGUCGGCUCUUUGUCGAAUACACACCGGCGCUUGAGCUCUCCAUUUGAGGCUCGUCGGUAA